AUGGGAAAUCUCUCGUCCACUCAAGUGAGAGAGCUCAUAGAGGAAGAACUUUCUCCUUCUCUCAUUGAAUAUCAAUACAUGUUGAGUCCCGAAUAUUCACGAAAAUGUUCAUAUGCCUGUUGCAAAAUGAAAACAGAAGGGAGAGCAUUAUUUAACAAAACCCGAACAUUGAUGAGGAAUAAUAACAAUAGUAGCAAUUUUGGACAAUCAACAGUUAACUGCACCGACGACAAUUUAUUGGGAUCAUCAAUUUCUGUUAAUUUAAAUAAUAGUUUCAAUCAUGGAAAUACCAACAGUGGUUCUGGUGGAAGCAUUGUGCUGUCGGAUGUAUCAACACUCUCCAGAUCGACGACAGAAACAACAUCAGUCAAUAGUACUAAUAAUUUAAAUCAAUCCGUGUCGUCAGCAAUGACAAAUUUAUCAAUUUCCACAAUAACAGCAGCAUCACCACACACAAUACCAUCAUCGCCGAGCUCCGCAUCCAAUGUGUCACCCACAACAUCGCCACCACCGCUUUCACUCAUGAAUGAUGAAAUUAAUGUAGUGGUCCGAGUAAUUCCAAAACAAAUAGGAGACUAUGGAAAGAGCAAUCAUUCCAUUCGUAUUGCAUUACAUUAUUCACUAUGUCAAUUUUAUAAUUUAAAUCAAAAAUUAUUGGACGCUUCAUAUUAUGAGGACUUGACAGAAACAUGCGUACUAUUUGAUGGGCCUUUUAUUCCAAAGCAAGCCAACAUUCCACUUUUAUAUGACGUCUAUGAAAGUAAGAGUGCAUGGUUUGUCGUUCAGGAAAUGUACAAUUACACUUGGGAGGAAUUGAUUCAAUUUAAUAAGGUACUUCUCGAAACAGACGAUAUUCGGCGAAGAUUUUUAUUUUAUCAAUUGUUACAAAUUAUUUCAUAUUGUCACAAAAACAAUUUUGCCCAUGGGAAAUUAAUUCCAAAUAAUAUUCUAGUCAAUGAAAUGCUAUGGAUUUCUCUCAUUGGACAAGACUUUCUCCACUCACCUGUUCUAUUUCCAACUGAAAUAGCUUCUCCUCCGCAUAAUAUUCCAACAACUUCACACGAUCAAAAAGCUACAAAAUCCCCUCACACUUCACUUCCUCACACUAUUAACAUUUCUGCAGAGAGUUCGAGACGAAAAGAUAUUGUCAUUCUGUGGCAAGAGGGAAAAAUUUCUAAUUUUGAUUAUUUGAUGAAACUGAACGCAUUGGCUGGGAGAAGAGUUGGUGAUCAUCAGUAUCAUCCAGUACUUCCAUGGAUCAUUGACUUUGAUGUUGACCCAACGGAUCCAAAUGCUCGUGUAGAAUGGAGAGAUUUAACAAAAACAAAAUUUAGGUUAACCAAAGGCGAUGAAAUGUUAGAUUUCACCUAUCAAUCACCCGACAAUCCACAUCAUGUUACUGAGCCUCUUUCUGAAAUUACUUACUUUAUCUAUAAGGCGAGACGAGUUUCAAUCAGUGCUUUGAAAAAACAUGUUCGACAAAAUUAUGAACCGAAAGAAUAUCCGACAUCUCUUGCCAGAGUGUAUCAUUGGACACCUGAUGAAUGCAUUCCAGAAUUUUUCACAGACCCCAACAUAUUUACCUCCAUUCAUAACGACAUGGAGGAUUUAGCAAUUCCUUCAUGGGCCUCAUCUCCAGAAGAUUUCAUUGAAAAACACAAAGCAGCUCUUGAGAGCGAAUAUGUGAGCCAAAAUUUACAUCACUGGAUUGAUCUCAUAUUUGGUUACAAACUGAGUGGACAGCAUGCGAUUGAGGCAAAAAAUGUAAUGUUGCGAAAGGAGAACAAUGAUCUGUAUCCAUCACGGUUUGGAUUUGUUCAACUCUUUCACGAACCCCAUCCACCUAGAAAAAUUCUCAGUGCUAACAUCAUGGAAAGAAUGCAAAUGUAUGAAUGCUCUGUGAAAUUUAGCAGUCGAUAUUUUACAAGUUCGGCUUAUCAUGUCAUUUCAAUACUUGAGAAAAUGAAUCGAACACAGAUACUCUCCAAGGCAGAGCUUUUCAAUGAUGACAUGUUUGCAGUGGGAUGUUUACUUGCCAGCCUUUAUAUAUUUGAGCCACUUUUCAACUCUAGAUCUCUUGAAAGAUACAUUCGUGAAAAUAGUAUUACUGGCCAACAAUCAGAAUUGCCAACUCUGAAAAGAAUAAGUCAACCUGCUCGAUCCAUUGUUGAAAAAUUAAUCGACUUGAAUUUAUCCAAAGGCAAGAAAGCUCUAUAUAUUUAUCAAUCCAAGAAAUAUUUUCCAGAAUAUUUUAAAUACUGCCAUUGGAUUUUAUCCAACCUCUAUUUAUUUCAGAGCCAUCUAGAGAGAUACAACUUUGUGUUGAAACAAAUUCGACCAAGUAGUUCACCAGAGUUUUCAGAAAGUAUCAUGACUCUCCCAUCAGAUGCUCUCGAUUUAUUACUUCCUCAUAUUCUGCACAUGUUUUUUGUCAAACGAAUUGAGAAGAGUUCACAAAAUCUAAUGUUCUCUCAUGUCCUUCCAUGGUCUUAUGGCAUUGAGAUUUUAAGAAGUAUGGUUCGUUACUCUCGAGAAAAGUUUCUAUCCAAAUUUAAAGAAUGUGAUUCUGCAAAGAAGAUUCUCAAAUUACGUCUCUAUCAACUCUAUAUGGAAAAUGAAAGAAUUGAGAGUUUCUUGAAUACAUCAGUUGAGGAGGAGCAGGAGACCCACAAGCAAGAGUCACUAGACAGUCAUCACUCACCUGAAACUCUACCCUCUCUACCAUCUUCAAACAACAUGGUUGAAAAACAGUUGAGAAAAGACCUCUUAUUACUUCCAUUGAAUUUAUACUCAUAUUCCUUCUCUUCGUUAGUAUAUAACGUGAUUUUAUCGGAUAUUACUCAAAAACCAUAUAACAAGGCUUCACAGACAUCAUCUACAACCUACUCAGAAGGUAUUACUAAUCCAACCUCAAACGAUCAGAAACGUCUCUUCCUCGAACAAUUACUCCCUUUCUUUAUUGAGGGGGUAUUCAAUAAUUGUAAGAACAAUCCUCAAAUCGCGAAAAAGAUAUGUACCACUCUCUCAAAAUUGUGUAAUGACUUUGGAGUGAUCAUUACCAUUCAAUAUAUUUUAGAUCCUUUAAUUUUAAAGCUUAAGAAGAGGAUGAGAAGUUAUUUAUUUGAUGAAACGAUCUUCCACUUGUUGAACAGCUUGGGACUUAAUUUGGGAUAUAGUACAUUGGGAACAUAUUUAAUGCCCAAGUUUUUCUCCAUCAUUCUUUCAGAGAUGAAGGCAGCGGAGGCAGGAAUUCCUCAAUCUGCUGAAAAUCUCAAAACAAAUAUUUUCAACAUGAUAGAUUUACUAGAGAAUAUUUUAGAACGAACACCUAAUCAAACUUCAGUAGUGAACACAAUCCUUCAGGGGAAUCAACUCAUGAUUAAUAAUAUCAUGGAUGCAGUUUACAGCUUGACUCUCUCAAGAGAGACCACAGUGAGCUUGGACUUUGCGGUAGUCUUAGGCAUCUUUGAAAAGUUUUGUCACUUUUUGUGUAGAAUGUUCCAUAUGUGUGACUUGAAGAUUAGAAUUCUAAUAUUCCAAGGGUGUAAAUCGGUCUUUAGAAAAAUACUGAGCUCACCUAUUUAUCUGGAAGGUUAUUUCUCUCAGCAACUAGCAGUGGCUCCAUCGUUCGUCAAUACAUCCAAAAACCCAAUAGUUAGCAGUCAAUCCAUUGUUAGUACUGACACUUCGAUGGAGGAAGAGCAGUCUGCUGCCCACACAAACACUCCAUCUUCGGAGGCUUCUAAGAAAAAAGGAAUUAGAUCGUUUUUUGAGAGAUUUAAGAGAAGUGAAUCACAAAUAAUUUCUGAUGAACAAAAAGCUCCAGAAUUACCCUCCAGCAACGAAGUUGCCAUCACUUCAUCAGAAGAGGAAAUCAUUUCUCCAUCUUCCAGUCGUGCUGGUGAAAAUCCAAUUCCUGAAAAAGAAGUAGAAACUCCAUGUGGGUUCAGAAAUGAUAAUCAUUUCAAGAUUGGAUGCGUUUUGUAUCGAGAAUUGUGUUGUAUUUUUGGAAAUUCAACCAUGAGAGAAGCUGUACUGAACAGUAAAAUGUUGGAAGAUAACAUCACAAAGGACCGAUUGAAUUUCACAAUAGAACAACAACAGCCAGAGAAUGAUUCCAUUGGUAGUGGAAAUAGUGUUGAUGAUACCUCAAAGCUAUUGCAACAACUUCCAAACAAGAUUGUUUAUUCGAAAGGAAAGAAAACUAUGAACGAAAAGAGUUCGUGGUAUGUUCAGAACCAGCUCCAUAGUGGCAGACUUUUUGAAAGACAUGCCUCUUCAAGCAAUUUUGACAGAGAUAUUUUAGAUGUGAAGUUCAGAGGAAUAUUAGAAUACGAAAUAUUUGACACAAAGUUUAAUGAUCUUUCUCUGAGAUGUAUUGACGUUAGUCCUUCAGAUGAAAGAAUAAUAUUAACCGGAGGUGGAUUAUUACGGCAUCACUCUAAUCCUAUUGUCAAACUGUGGAAUUUGGAGUCAUCUUCAUUGGAGGGUACUUAUCUUUGUUAUCAAAAUACUGGAACGAACAACAAGCAACUAUUUAGAUCUCAGGUAGACAAGGUGAAGUUUAUUUCUGACAACAGAUUUUUAUGCAAGGACAGUGGUGGUAAUAUUCACUUAUUUGAUGUUGAAACUACAAAGUAUCUUUAUACAGUGGGUGCUGGAGCGCCAAGUUUGACUCCAGAAUUGAAUGGUACUAUGAAUUUUAUCACAUUUGAGACUUUGACAAAUAAUCCAAAUGUUCUGGUUGCCAGCAGUUAUUCCUCCAUACCCACAGUACAAUUCUAUGAUUUGAGACAACCUUCCAAGCACUGUGCAUUUGAGUGGAAAUUAAUUGCAAACCAGUCAUCUCACAACAUUAAUAUGAUGACAACUACUUCCUCUGCUGUUAUUGGAGAUCACAAUAUUCGAUGUAUUUCAAAAUGUCAUCCUCGUGAUAAUUUCCUUGUUGUGGGAUUAGCGAAUGGUGUCGUCUUUCUUCUUGAACAGCAUAGCGGUUUAAUUUUGGAUUCCUUUAGAUCUCAUGAAAAUGGAGAGCUCACUAAAAUAUUACCCUACGAUGGGACAAAACCUGGACAUUUCAUUACAUGCUGCCGUAAAGCAGUAUCUUUUGAUACAAGCGGUGGCAAUGGUAGCUCUGUGAGUGGAGGAGUCAAUAGUGGCUCCUCAUUAGUGAGCGAUGAAUUAUUAGAUGGCAGCUUCAAGAAUGAUCUACUUCGAGUAUGGGACACACGAAAUUCAAAUUCCUCCAAAUGCACAAAGGCAUUUCAAGUUUCUCCUAUGGUUAGCAAUAGCAGUAGUCAACAAUUAGAUAAUGGUAGUGCGAGUAUUGAGCCCUCUUCUUCAAUCUCCAAUGCACCAAUUGUUUCCUUCGAUUUUUACAGCCGACCUGAAAGCGAUCAAUUAUUUGCUAUUCAGCCUGAUCGAAUUUUGUACUGUAAGGCCUAUAGUUUUGUUUCAUCUCGACCUCAAUUACCUCCUCCUCAAUUCAGACAAGCAGGAUCCGUCGAUUCGAGAGUGACAAAACAGAAAAAGCUUUCUAUCAAGAAAAAGAGAGAUGUUCCAAUUGACUAUGAAAACAGAGAAGUUUUGCAUUGUGAGAGCAUUGCAGAAAGAACGCUCUCAGGAAAUAUGGUUGGUGGAAAUGGCUCAGAAAAUGGUGCUACUAUCAGCGUAGGCAACUAUACUGACGUGAAAUAUCUUCCUCUUCACAAGCUUUUACUUGUUUCAACUGAUACGGGUCGUGUGAAAGUUUUCUCUUAA